AAUUUUCCAUCGGUCUGUUGCUCGCGUAUUGGAGGUGACGCAUCCAUGUGUUGAUCAACAUUCCGAGACGGAACUGGAAAAACGGAAAUAGAGAUAAAAACCUGGCUGAAAUUUUAAAGGUUGUGGGGCAACGUAAAAAGUAGGGCUCCAUGAUACUUGUUAUUUUGUAAAGGACUAUUGUGGUGGUCUGGAGGAGGUAACCCUUACGUUUGGGUGGUCGCGAAUCAGGAAACAUGGCUUCCAACAACGCGACCAGUAACGAGUUUUUUCAGCAUGGGCAGCGAAGUGUCGUGUGUCACUUAUUUGGGUGAGAAGAUUACGGGUGAAGUUAUUGCUUUUGAUUACCAAACGAAAACAUUGGUUCUAAAGCAUCCAUCAACAAGCGGAAAGGCAAAUACGAACAACAUCUCAUUGUUGAAUUUGUCGAAUGUCAGUGAUAUCAAGGUUCUAAAGGAAGGGGCUGAUCAAGAUUUUGAAUUGUGUGCUAUAUCCCACACAAAAUUAAGAAAACGUCUCAAUCAGGAAAUUCAGUCAAAAGUCAACAUGGCGCAAGGUUCAAGUAUGGGUGUUACCCCAGAUGGACUGAAAGUCUUUGCGUUUAUUUUCAAAACCAUUGAGCAAUGCAGGUGGAAUGAAAGUAUAUUAGUAAUGGAUGUUUUAAUAAAUCCACCGUACAGGUCUGAAGAUUGUAUUGCCAAAGAUGGUAAAGAAGCAAAAGCACUGGACCAUGUUAGGAAAAUUGUGGAAAAUACCACAAAGAUCACGGAAACAUAAGACAGGUUCAAGCAACCUGAAUGCCUUCAUAAGCAACAAAAAAAUAUUUUAUUCCUUAUUAGAAAAUUUUUAUCAAUAAAUGUGUCCCAGACUGAGUGUGUUAUAAAAACAAGUCAAAUAUUUCAAUGGUUUCGUCGUUUGAAUGAUAUUUCCUCCAUUUUAUGUAAUUUGGAGAUAAUUCCAUUCAUUGAAUAUAUAGCGUCUCGAACAUCAAAACUCUAUUGUGAUAUGUGCUCAACUUUUAUGGAAACUGCAUUCACUCUAUUGUAGUUAGCUGAGAAAACCAGCGGAAAGCUCGCAUUUGAUUGACCUAUUCGUAAUAUGAAAACUUACAAUUGUAUGAUAACUAAGGGUUAAUGGUUUUUGGUUUUAUUCAGUGUCAACAUUAUAUUGAUAUUAAAUUUACCAGUAAGAAAAAUUACAAUUCAUAAAAGUGAUGUUCAAACUGAUGCCAAAUUAUUAUAUAAACAUAUGCUGAAAACGUAUCAUAACAUUAUGUUAUUUACAUUUUAAUUGAAGGAAUUUCAUCCAAUUUUUUAUUGUUUUACAAGCAUCAUUGUAAUGCAUGUAAUAUCUGGAUUUAUGUCGAGAUAUUAGGAAUAACCAAAACAAUUUAUAUGAUUGGCACUGGUUAUGAAUUUUAGAUUGCCUCGAUUUUGAAUGGUAAAUGUGGCAUCAAUCACUCAUUUUAGCAAUAUUCGUUGUGUUCGACCUAAUAUACUUCGGAAUGUCCAAAACCUAACGAGGAGACUUAUUCAAAUAAAAGUUUUUGAAAAAUAAUUCAUGUCGAUAGUCACAAUUUUAAAAAAAGUUUGGAUUUCGGUGAAUCUUAGUUAUUCCAAAUAUGAGCUGUUUUCGUUUCGUGGAAAAAUUGUUCGGAAAACUUUUACUAAUAAUAGUAUUGGUCAAAUCAUGUUAUCUUUGUCAAAAUUGUUAAAAAUCUUUUCAUGUCUUGUUUUGCUAUCAAUUUUUGUGUUGGAAAGUUGACUCCGCCCAUAUUUGUUUCCAUCUGUUGUUUUAGAUUUUAUGAUUAGGACUUGAUAAUUAGUGUCAAAAUAUUAUGUGUGUAUCAUGUCUUAAUAUUGUUAUUUGCUGAGAAAAAUUGCAGCGUCAGGUAUCAAAAAGUCAAUUUUGGGCCAUUGUGAUAUUGAACGCAGGAUCUAUUUCAUAAUUCAUAAAGUUGAGAAAUGAAUCUUUUUUAGUUUUAUUAUUUUGUAGCCGUGGUGCUUAGAACUGUUGAUGGU